CAGACCUGCCUCCACAGAACUCCGAGAAAUCUGCCCCCUGAUGGACACGUGGAGCCACAGCCAAGGUUCUGACUGUGUGCAGCCUCCUCUCCCUGGCUGUAGAAAGCUCGCAGCAAAGCAGGAGUGCAAAAACAUUGGAAAAGACCCAUCUCAGUAACAACCCACAAGAAGCUGAGUUAAAGGGUGGUUUUUGUCCUUUUAGUCAAGCUUAUUUUUCUAUAGAAAUCGGGGAACUACCGGAAAGGUUGUUGUGUUUCUUUGUUUGUGUAGUAAGCUUCCAUUUCAAUCACAAAACACAUGCUCUAGGUGACUUGUCUAUUUAAAAGGCUGUAGGAACUUGGUGGGACAAGAUGUUUAGUUUAGUAUAGUUUCAUUAAAAAGUUCUUAUCUUUUAUAUUAUAUCAAUAUUAAGGUAUGAUGUAUAUCUCUAUAGGAGGUGGAAGUAGUUGUCGCAGUAACUUUACUACUUAAACAUCACCCUAUAAACAAUAUUGAGUAACCGUUUGAUGAUUAAUCAAGAUUUCAAACGUUUUUUUCCCUUAGUUGCAGCUUCUCUGAUUUUCAAAAUACUGUAUACAGUUUAUGAAGUGAGGGAAAGAUAAUCAGUAAUAAAUAUCAGUUCAUAUAACUAUCAUAUAAUAUACCAUAUUUUUGCAAAUGGCAUUAUUCAUUGAACCUUGGUAGACACUCAGACAAGGUCCUUGCCUACAAAGCAUCUAAAAAGCCUGUUCCAAGAAAAGGAUUUUUAUUUUAAAGUGAUUAUACAAUACAAACAUACCCAUGUGGGUAGAUUAAAUUCCAAAAUGUUACGUACUGGACCUUUGAGGUUGGCCAAGUGGAAAGGGAACCUGGCUUGUAACUGAAGGGUUGCCAGUUUAAGGCAUCCUCUACCAGAAACCUUCCUAAUUCUAGGAAGGUUACCAUUUUACUGCUUAUAUAUUACGUAAUAAGUAAAUAUGCGAAGGCUUGAGAGCCUAAUUAUGAUGACAUUAAUGGACAGGAAGUUGGCGAAGAGUCCUCCAAAAAUGAAAUCACUGAGAGCAGCUUUAUUAUAUCUUUAUGUGCUCAUGUGAGUUUGACCUUCAAAAGUCAGUCCACAUUCGGUCAACUACACAAGUUCUUGUUUCCAGAACAAGGUUAUUGUAUUAUUUGACAUCCGUUCUUUUGGAUUUGAGAUUCCACACGUGUUAGAAAUUGCAGCAGUUAUGGCUUCUGUCAUUUUCUCUAAACCGGAUUAGUCUGUCUGGCUCUGCACAAUCACAGAUGGUUGACAACUUUUUUUAAGGCAACACAUCAGACAAGAGAAGAUUGGCACUGACUCUACCGCUGUCCACUAACAUUUCCCUUAUCCUCCAAACUCUUACUCUUACAAAGGAGGAAAAAGUUGUGUGUUCUCGUUGUACCUCUCCCCUACUGUCCUAGAAACACAGAAAAACUGUAAUCGCGUAGAAAAAUACACUCAACUCAUCUCAUACACGUAAGAUGCUCAGUUAAUCCCAUCAUCUAGCAUUAUCUUUUUUAACAAAAUCAAAACCAAUCCCCUGCAGGGAAAGAAAACUAGAAAAACUCCUAAUCUUCUUCUUUGUAAUCCUCAAAAUGACAGAUAUAUUAUUCAGCAUGGGUUAUGUUUGGCUUUGGGUGUGAAUGGGCCAAACAAAGAGCACAGGAGCUGGAUCAGAGCUGGGAGCAUAUGUACAGCAUCAGGUAACACAGAACAGUGUUUAAUUACAUCCUUGGUUCUGACGGCCCAGACUGAACUUGUCCCUGGACGAGCAGCCAGAUGUCAUCCCCCUCCACUCAGUCACACACACACACACACAUGCCAUUGUCUUCAGUAUUAAUUUGAGCCGGACCUUGCCCUCUUGACAUGGCUUGAUUCAUGAGGAGACGAGACACAGACUCUGAAUAGUUGAUGAGCUGGUGAGAAAAGAAAAGAGGUGUAUCGGGCUAGGGUGGGGGCAGAAAUAGAGCGAGGCUGACAGAAAGGGAGGGAUCUGGAAGGCGCGUGUGCACUCACUCUGCUCCACACAGCUUCAGCAACGCACUGAGGUUGGAAAAUUACCUUGUGACCAAAGAGGGGGGGGGGAGGUCAGGACUGGUGCAGUCAUAGACAGAGAAGAAGAUUAGAAGAAGAGGAAGCUGCAGGAGGGGAGGAUGGACAGUGCGAGCAGCUGAUCAGAGAGGACCGAGCCGAGUUGGGGACAUGGAGAAGCUGAAAGGUCCCGGCAUCCCCACGGUGGCCACCUGUGGAUGGAGAGCCCUGCUUCUCCCGCAGCUGAACAGGCAGUCGCUGUACGUGUACGGCAGCGAGGUGGCCGUGGAGAAGGAGUGCAUCAAACAGCUGCAGAGCGGAAUCUUUGUCAUUCACCCGUUCAGCCUCAUGAGGAGUUACUACAUCAUGGCCAUGAUGGCCAUUACGUUCCUGAACCUGAUCGGGAUUCCCAUGGAGAUCGCCUUCCUGGACGCCACCAGCGGUUUGGCGUGGGAGGGAUUUAACGUGUUUUCAGACACUCUGUUCCUGAUAGACGUGGCUCUGAAUUUCCGUAUGGGCUUCAUAGUCGAGGACAGCGAGGAAGCCGUUCUGGAUAUCAAGCGGAUCCGGCUCAAUUACCUGAGGACAUGGUUCAUACCAGAUGUCAUAGCUGCUUUCCCGAUUGGCUACAUUCUGCUGUUUGCGGGGUUACACUACCAUAACGACGACAAUCCCUCCAAGACCAACAAGGUGAUGAGGAUCCUGAUGUUUGUGCGGAUCAUCAGCCUGAUCCGCCUCGCUCGCGUGUCCAGGCUCGUCAGGUUCUUCAACGAGGUGGAGAAAGUGUCAAAUGCGAACCUGGAGGUGGUCCGCCUCUUCUUCCGCGUCUUAUCUUUGUUCAUGAUGAUUUUCCUUCUGUGUCACUGGAACGGCUGCAUCCAGUACUUUGUCCCCAUGCUGGAGGAGUUCCCCACCGACUGCUGGGUCCGCAGGGGAAACCUCAUGAAUGCUACAGUGAUCGAGAAGUACUCCUGGGGAGUUUUCCGAGCUCUCUCCCAGAUGAUCGCUCUCUCUUACGGCUCUGAGGACGCUCCAACAAAUUAUAUCGAGAUGUGGAUCGUCAUGGUGAGCAUGGUGUCCGGCUGUCUGAUGUACACCGUCCUGGUGGCCAACGCCACCGCCAUGAUCGUCAACGUCGACCCGGCGUCCAAGGAGUACAAGAGCAAGAUGAGCCAUUUGGAGCACUACAUGACCUUCAUGAAGCUGCCGCCCGAACUGCAGCUGCGUAUCACCACCUACUACCAGGCGCGCUACGGCGGGAAGUGGUUUGACGAGAAGGACAUCAUGGACACGGUGUCGUCAGCGCUUAAGGAGCAAAUCCUGACGGUGAUGUGCAGCAAGCUGCUGAGGAAAGUUCCCAUGUUUCACAGCCUGGACGAAAGCUUCAUUAGGGCCGUCCUCUGCAAACUGGAGUAUGAGGUCUUCCAGGCGGCAGACGUGGUCGUGCGGGAGGGCGUCCCGGGAAACCGCAUGUACUUCAUCGAACACGGCCAGGUCCUCAUGGAGUCGGACUCCUACGAGAAGGAGCUGUGCGAUGGAGACUAUUUUGCAGAGACAUGCAUGCUGACCAAAGGCAAACAUCUGGCCACAGUGACGUCGCUGACCGACUGCCAGUGCUUCACUCUGUCCCAUGCCAACCUCCAGAAGGCGCUGGAGGGCUUCCCGGAUCUGAAGAAGGACUUUGACAAACUGGCUCUGCUCAGCACAGAUUGUGGAUCCGUGUAAGACCAAAUACGUUGUCUUUUUUUUUUUUUUUUACUCUAUGCCGCAGAGAUUACUAAGGACAAUUUAUGUGAUGAUGGACUAAAAAAGACUGAGGCUGUCUCUUCAUGUGGACACGUACCUCACAGAUGAGAAGGACGGGUUACUUACUCAUGUUAUUAGCAAUAAAUAAUCAACAUUAUCACAACUCCACAUUAAAAACGGGUCAAACAUCUGAUGUCUGAUAAUAAACAUCUGUCUGUCCACGUG